AUGGCGAGGAGACAUGGCUGGCAACUUCCCGCUGACACUCUUCAGGUGAUUGGUGUUACUGUGUUUUGCUUGUUGGUGGUCGCUUACUAUGUUUUCUUCGCUCCUUUUGCCGGAGGACGCGUUUGGGAACACGUUUUGAUCGGUGUUUACUCUCCGGUGGUAUGUUCUUCAGCUUUAUACUUCCAUAAAGCUCUUCUUUGUGUGUUGAUGGAUUAUGUGUGUUUGCAGGCUCUUCUUGUAUUCGUUCUGUAUGUUCGGUGUACUUCUAUUAAUCCUGCAGAUAUGUCGAUAUUUGACUUGCCUCAUCCCUUAUCGGCCAGAGAUAUCUCCAGGGACUUUAAUGAAACUGGCAGUCAGUUUCGGUCUUGCCCUAGUUCAGUUGUCUCAAUGAGUUCUACCUUAGCAGCAAACUCUAGUGUCAGAGGUUCUGUAGGAGAUGAUAAAAGAGUGGACUCUGUUACUAGAAAAUCUUGGUAUAAUCCUCUGGCUAUCCUCUGUUGUGCGUUUGUUCUUGAUGACUGCUGGAAACAGGAAGAAAAACAGGGAAAUAGUAGAGUGGGUCUAUAUUGUAGGUUGUGCAAUUCUGAGGUACAUAAGUCCAGCAAGCAUUGUAGGAGCUGUGACAAAUGUGUUGUUGGUUUCGAUCACCAUUGCAAGUGGCUUAACAAUUGUGUCGGCCGCAGAAACUACAUGAGUUUUGUUUCGCUGAUGACUGCCACCCUUCUUUGGCUCAUUAUUGAAGCAGCAGUGGGAGUCGGAGUGAUUGUGCGUGUAUUUGCUGAUAAGAAGAGAAUGGGGACAGAAAUUGUCAAUAGACUCGGAAGCAGCUUCUCUCGAGCAGCUCUUGCGGCAGUUGUUGGUGUUUGCACUGUUGUUACCAUUCCGGCAUUUUAUCAUCUGAGCCAACUUCUCUUUUUCCACAAGUUGCUCAUUAAAAAGGGACUUACAACAUAUGAUUAUUUACUGGUAAUGAGAGCCAUAAGCGAAGCUGAAGCUGGAGUAUCUUUUGACGAGGAGAUUCAGAGUGUGCUGUCUUCCACAACCGGCUUUAGUGGUGGAAGCUCUCUCGGUCUAUCAUACAAAAAGGGAGUCUGGUGCACUCCACCUAGAGUGUUUGAUAAUCAGGAUGAAGUCAUUCCCCAACUAGACUCUCACAUGGUCCCGUCAACCGUGGAUCCAGAUGCAGCAGAGAGAGGCAUCAAGGCUCCCAAAAGACCAGUCAAACGCAGUGCAUGGAAGCUAGCGAAGCUGGACGCAAAUGAAGCUGCAAGGGCAGCUGCUAGAGCCAGAGCAUCUUCAUCUGUCCUAAGACCAAUAGACAAUCCCCAUUUACCUGAUUAUGAACUUAGUUCCAUUGGCACGGUUAGUGUCAUAAGCACAGCUGCACAAGUGGCUGCAAGGAAAGAGAUACGGAACAAUGAUUUAGAGUCAUCUCUCUCUAGAAACUCGCUUGCUGCACCAAGUCAAAGUAGUCCAAGACAUGUUCAUGAAGAGUCAGUCAAACUUGCUCCUCUCCCUCAAUAUUCUACAGUAAAUGGCCAUCUCUUCUCUGCAACAACAACACAUCACAUGCACAGAGGACACUUGUUUCUCUCUGCUCCUUCAACUUCUCUUCUGAGAGAUGUGAGAAAGACAUCAUCAGUUGUUUGGGAUCCUGAAGCUGGGAGAUACGUAUCAUCAGCUCUUGUAACGACAAUGCCUGAAGUCCGCAGUAGGAAUCCAAGAACCAUUCUCCCACCUCAAGAUUCAUCUUCUGUAUCAUCAUCCCUAAAGGCUCCUCUUCCUCAGCAGCAAGGCGAGAGAAGACUGAUAUAUACAGGUGACUCUAUCUUCUUUGGAGGACCUCUGGUUAAUAUACCGACAAGAAAUAACAAGAGAAGUGAAGGGGGCUUAGUAAGAGAGGGACAAGACAGAUUGGCAUCGACACUUAAUCAUCAAGAUGCAAGAUAUAGAAGAGAUUCCACCUCACACCAGCUUCCAGUGUUUGCCCCUCCACUUUGA